UCUUCGAUUUUAUUAAGCGUCGAGUUCGUCGUUCGAAAUCUUUCGGAGAGCGACAUUUUUGGACUUUUUUUUUCUUUUUGCGAUUUUUCCUUUUUUGUGUCUGUUUCGUCCUCUUUACUGUAAUCGGAAGGAGAAGAAGCCUAGCAAUUCUUGGGUGCGGAUCCGACGAAGAAAGCUCGAUUCCCUGCCCCGCCAUUAAUGGGUGUUGGUGUACUGAUUGGGAAGGUCUCGUCCGGAUCCUCUUAUCUCCGUUGCGGCUCCACUUGCUCGCUCACUGGAUUUCGCCAAUGGUUCGAGUGAGACUGGCGCUUGAAAAAUGAGAAGCGGAGGAACUCGUGAAGGCCUUAAUAGAUGAAGCGAGCUUGCAAUUCCUUUUUUUGGGGCUGAAUUGGAGAUUGGUCGAUGCCGUCGAUUUGUAAUUAGGGGAAAACUGGCACCUUGAGUCCGAAUUGAUGAAGAGGAAGCGCAUUUCUGAAUUCUGAUCGAUGUAUGGGGGGAAGUAGAAGCCAUGGCGCGGUUUCAGUUCCCCGGCUCUUCUCCUAAUCCGCUGACUAGGAGACUGACUAUUGAGAACUGGGAGACGGAAGGGGUUGAAGGUGACAAGACAACGAUAAAGAAAUUGGUAGGCCAAGAUGAACAGUGAGAUGAUCCAGAAAGGAAACCAUUAGUUAAUCACCGCAUAUCUCGUAAAAGUACAGGUAUUCGAUUCAGUUGUUGCUUCGAUUGUGGAGGGCUGUCUCGAAUAUCUCCUCGCGAUCAAUGCAUUGCACUUGACCAAAAGAGUUCUCUUCUUGGCUGCUCCGCUGUGAUCCUCUAAGAGCAGGUUAGCUGCCUCUGGCUUUGUUCAUAAUCCCCAAUCAAAUCCCCACAUAUUUGAUAUUUGUACAGAAAAGUGCGUUUUUUUCUCCCUUUUUUUUUUCUUAUAAAAAGUUGUGUUCCCCCUUCUUCCACUCAACCCCCUAUUUGCGAUCUGUGAUCAUUUCAUUUCUUCUCCCUGUGUGGCCGAUGAUCAAUUUGUGGUUGAAGAAGUUUGAGAAUGGAGUGUAAACCGUCAAGCUGCCUCUUUUUCAUUUUUUUCAUAGGAAUAAGAAGAGUAGAGGAAUAAAAACCAAGUCUUUUUUUUACCUCUUCGUACAAACUGGAGCAAAAACAAGAUAGGGAGAGGCGUGAUUGUCUGUUGGCCUCUGGUCUGAUGGGUUUAGAGAUGGCACUGGGAGCUGGAAAGAGUUGGUGGCGGAACCAAAACGUGAUCAUGGCGACAUGGAUGAUGCUCACAGUAGGAAUUUGCAUAAGUUUUCACUAUCAUAUGAGAACAGAAAGCAUGAGAAAGGCAGAGGAGAUGCUAACGAGCAUGUGCGAAGAGAGGGCAAGGAUGCUGAUGGAGCAAUUUGCUGUGAGUGUCAACCAAGUGCAUGCUCUGGCAAUUCUUGUUUCAACAUUUCAUUACCAGAAAGAGCCAUCAGCACUUGAUCAGGAGACAUUUGCAGAGUACACAACAAGGACAGCUUUUGAGCGGCGAUAUUUGAAUGGAGUAACCUAUGCACGACGAGUAAUACAUGCAGACCGAGAAUUGUUUGAGAAUCAACAGGGUUGGACAAUCAAGACUAUGGAACUGAAACCAUCUCUGAUUCAAGAUGAGCAUGCAGCUGUAAUAUACCCUCAGGAAACUGUUUCACAUAUAGAGACCCUUGACAUGAUGUCUGGAGAGGAGUACCGCGGAAAUAUCUUAAGGGCUAGAGCCACAGGCAAAGCGGUUCUUACCAGACCCUUCAGACUUUUGAAGUCUAACCAUCUGGGAGUGGUUUUAACAUUUCCUGUAUAUUUCUCAGAUCUUCCAGCCGACACAACAGCUGAAGAACGUGUGAAGGAAACUUCAGGGUAUAUUGGAGGAGCUUUUGAUGUCGAAUCUCUCGUGGAAAAUUUGUUGCACCAACUUGCUGGUAGUCAGGAAAUUGUCGUGAAUAUAUACGACAUCACAAAUUCAUGUGAGCCCCUAGUAUUGUAUGGAGUCCAUCCUCCUGAUGGCCACAUGUCAUCAUUACACAUCAGUAUGCUCGAUUUUGGAGAUCCAUUUAGGAAGCAUCAAAUGAACUGCAGGUACCGCAAGAUGCCUCCAGUUUCCUUAUUGUCCAUCACUACACCAACUGGCAUUUUUGUGAUCUUUAUGCUGGUGGGGUACAUAGGUUAUGCUGCUUGGAGCCACUAUGACAAUGUUAACGAAGAUUUUCAGAAAAUGGAAGAGCUUAAAAGUAAAGCAGAGGCAGCAGAUGUUGCUAAAUCUCAGUUCCUUGCCACGGUCAUGCAUGAAAUCAGAACACCUAUGAAUGGAGUCCUCGGAAUGCUUAAUAUGCUUUUAGAUACAGAACUGAAUAUAACUCAGAAAGAUUGUGCACAAACUGCUCAAAUCUGUGGAAGAGCACUGAUUGCAAUAAUAAAUGAAGUACUUGAUUGUGCAAAGAUCAAAGAAGGAAAGUUGGAGAUUGAGUUCGUUCCAUUUGACCUAAGAUCUGUAUUAGAUGAUGCCGUAUCUCUAUUUUCUGUAAAAUCAAGAGAAAAAGGAAUUGAGCUUGCUGUCUAUGUAUCUGAUCGGGUUCCUACUAUUCUUGUGGGAGAUCCCAGGAGAUUUAAGCAAAUAGUCACCAAUCUUAUUGGAAAUUCGGUCAAAUUCACAAAGCGAGGUCACAUUUUUGUCCAAGUUCACUUGGUUGAGGAUGUGAAAAUUUUGGAUACAGAAAGGGAAAAUGGCUUAAAUGGAUAUGCUAAUGAAGCAAACAUUACGUCCGUUAAUGCUGUGUUCAAUACAUUAAGUGGUCUAGAAGUUGUUGAUUCUAGAAAUACAAAAUGUUUAGGACUGCAACUCUGUGAUGGUGAAUCCCUGCCCGGCACAAUUGAGAAAGGAUCAGCUCCUGAAUGUGUGACGGAUCAAGUAAAUUUAAUGGUCAGCGUUGAGGAUACAGGGGUUGGAAUCCCUACAUGUGCCCAAGAUCGAGUUUUCACACCAUUUAUGCAGGCCAACAGCUCGACUUCUAGGAAUUAUGGUGGAGCUGGUAUUGGCUUGUGCAUUAGCAAGUGUCUCGUUGAAUUGAUGAGCGGGAACAUAAGCUUCAGCAGCAAACCUCAUGUCGGAAGCACAUUCACCUUCACCGUGGUUUUUCAGAGACAACACAGAGGUGCGGGUGCUGAUAGAGAGAGGUCUCUUUCAGAAGUUUUACCAACAUGUUUUAGAGGGAUGAGAGUAAUUGUAGUCGACCGGCAGCCUGUUAGAUCUACCAUAACCAAAUACCAUCUUCAAAGGUUGAGCAUGAUCACCGAAGAUGCUCGUACAAUAAAUGAGGCACUUUAUCGCUACUUGAUAUCUAGUCAUCGUGGAAAGUUGCCUUGUAUCUUGUUCAUUGAGAAAGAUUCAUGGGAUCCCAAAGUCAAUAUUCAUAUUCAGAAUGAUCUUUUGAAAUGGAAACAAGCUAUUAGCGUGCAUGAUUUACCCAAGGUGGUUCUUCUAUCGACUAUUGAAUCUGAUAAAACAAAAGCUUGGCCUCAUGUGGAUACUGUAAUAGUGAAGCCGUUGCGAGCAAGCACCAUGGCAACAUGCUUUCAACAAAUGCUAGGGAUUGGGAGGGUCAAAAAUAAAGAUACACUUAAUAGUUCAAGUUUCCUCCAUGGCUUGUUGGACGGGAAGAAUAUACUGAUUGUUGACGAUAACAAGGUAAAUCUGAGAGUUGCUGCAGCAGCACUAGAAAAAUAUGGUGCUAAGGUUGAGUGCGUUGAAAGCGGUAAAAGUGCACUUUCCUUGCUCCAACCUCCCCACAAAUUUCAUGCAUGCUUCAUGGAUAUCCAAAUGCCAGAGAUGGACGGGUUUCAAGCGACACAGGAAAUACGCAGGAUGGAGAGCAGUGUGGCAAGUGAAGAAGCUCAUAUUGAAGGACCAAUCAAGGUAAAAUGGCGCAUUCCAAUCCUUGCAAUGACUGCUGAUGUUAUCCAAGUAACAUAUGAACAAUGUGUGAAAUGCGACAUGGAUGGGUAUGUCUCCAAGCCAUUCGAGGAAGCCCAGCUUUGUAAUGUGGUCGCCAAAUUUUUGGCUUCCCAACCCAUUCCAGGUUCUUGACAGCAUCAACAUUCAAGCAUCUACCUACAUAUCUGAAUGAGCUAAUUCAGGAGCACCAGGACAAAGAAAAACUGAUUUUGAAUUGGAAAAUUUUCAGAAAUGUUCAUAUGUACAAUUCCAUGAAGAUCUCAAAGCUCAAGUGAGGAGCAAGAUUUUGAUCCCUGAGCUGUCUUACAAGAACAUUGAACCAAUUAAUCAAUGAAAGAUAGCAUUCAAGUAUGAGGCAUCACUCUUUUGUGGACAUAAGGUCAUUGUGAUAGCAAUAAUUUUUUUUUUACUACUUUUUUUUGUUGAUCUGAGAAUGUUUUCUCCUAUAUCAAAUGACAUCUACCUCUAGAGUUUAUUAUUGUUCAA